AUGACUAUUUACAAAUUGGCUAGUUGUUGUGAGUACAGGGUGGUAGGAAAUGCUUUUGGAGUGCAUAAAAGCACAGUCAAAAAAUGUUUUUAUCAAGUUGUCAAAUGUAUAAAUACUGUACUUCUAUCUAAGUAUGUUAAGUUUCCCGAUGAAAAAGAAGCUUUACGUAUAGCAAAUGCUGUGGAAAAAAAACUGGGAUGKUACAGUGUACAUGAUGCUGCUGUUUUAAAAAGCUCAAACUUAUAUAACCACUCUCAUCAAAAAAUACCUUCAAUUAAAAAAAAUAUUGAUGGUAUAGAUGUACCUUAUUUUUUGCUCGGUGAUCCAGCUUACCCACUCCUUCCAUGGUUAAUGAAAGGAUAUACUGGUAGUGUAAGCAUUGAAGAAGAUAAUUUCAACACAUAUUUAAGUUCGGCACGUAUGGCAGUUGAAAAUGCUUUUGGAAGGUUAAAAGGUAGAUGGAGAUGUCUACAAAAAAGGAUUGAUAUUCACCAUAGUUUUGUUCCAUCUGUUGUAUCUUGUUGUGUUACACUACACAAUAUUAUUGAAUUGCAACAUGAUCAUUUUAAUACCACAUGGUUAAGAAAUGUUGAAGACUCAGAUGUAGUUUACCCUCAACCCACAACCUGCAUAACAAAUCGUAGAGACACAAGUUCAAAUGUUGAUGAUAUGAAGAAGAUUAGAGAACAUUUAAAAAUGUACAUGGUAAAAAAUUAUCCAUUAAGAAGUUCUUCAGUCAGGACAUUAUAA